AUGGAUUUAUUGGGUGAUGUUGUAGAAAGAAAGUCAACAAGUGACACAAAUGAUGAUAGUACUGUUUACUCCAGCAAUAAUAACGGGUUUCCAGAGUUAUUUAAACCCAAUAAAAUGUCUUCUUGGAAAGAAAGGUUGCAAAAUAAAAGAAAGAAACAAAACAAGGAGAGUAUGACCAAUAACUUAACUGAGGCAGAAAAGAUUCAUUUGGAAAAUGUCAAACUGAUGAUGCAAAUGUCACCUGAACAAUUAGCUAAAGAAAGAAAAGAAUUAUUAGACUCUUUGAACCCUAAAGUUUUAGAGAAGUUGAUUAAUAGAAUAGAUGAUAGAAAAAAAAAUACAAAAGGUGUAAAUAAUGCUACCGACGCCAGCACUAAAAAUAUUCCCAUUUUUACAGAAAUAGAUAGUAUUGGUGAUAAACAUUGGAUUGGUGGUACGAGAGAAUUUCCUGAUUUACCUAAAUUGGAUGAUGCUGCAGUGGAUAAAGCUUUGGGAAUAGUUUCCUUGGACACUAAUCCUAACGAGGACACGCUACAGGACAACACUGCGAAUCAAUUUGUAAAUGACGAACAAGAUGCUAUUGCUCCCCAAGAAUAUCAAUUCAUCCAACAAAUGGACCACAUGACGAAUGAAGAAUUAUUAAAAGAUGUACAUUUUAUUAAACCAAACACUGAUGAAUUAGAAAAAACUAUGAAAAAAUUAGAAUUAAAUGAUCCAGAUUUCCAAGAUAAAUUAAAAGAGUUAUAUUUUCCAGACUUACCCACAGAGAUAGACAAGUUAGAGUGGAUGAAACCGUUAGAAACAAAGUCCACAACAACAGUAAUAGAUAAUGUUGGCGAUAUAAGAUUCGAUUUUAAUGGAAAUUUAAUACCACCACAAAUAGAAGUCAAAAGCACAUUUGAUGGAUUGCACCACCAUUCUAAAAAAGCUGAGUUAAAAGGAUACACUGUUGAGGAGUUGGGAAUUUUGAGUAGAUCAACUAUGCCUAGCCAAAGGUGUUAUGCUAUCCAAACAUUGGGUCGUAUUUUGUAUAAGUUGGGUAAGCAAAGUUAUUAUGAGUUAGUCCCGGAAGUCGAUGUUGAAACAUUUGAAAAAUUGGGAGGCACUGUUGAGGGAACUGUCACUGAAAUAUAUUCUCAAUUUUGGGAUUUAAUAAUAAUGUGCCAUAUUAUUAGUAAUCUACAAGAAGCUAGUAGUAGUAAAAAUCUAAGUGUCAAGAAUUAUGCGAUACGUGCUCUAUGGCUAUGGAAAAAGGGUGGUGGUGAUUUCAGGAAGAAAAAGAAAGAAUCUUCUAGUAAUACAAUCACAAACAGAUAG